GCUUCUCCACAUUUUAAAGUGGAGGAAUAAGCAGUAAGCAGUUGUGCCGAAUAUCAGCUAGAACCAUACUGUCUGCUUACAAGGUGCAAGACCUUUUCAGGGUCUACUGUAGAUGUUUAGAUAACAUUCCUUUUGACCUGCCAGGUCAUGCCUCCUGGAGAAUAAAGCCUUUAAUUACUGACUUUCAAGUCCAUCUGAGAAUAUAGGAACAAAAAGUGGCAUGGAAAGUCUUGUAAUAGCCCCGGAACGUUCUCUGCUCUAAAGCAACUGGUGACAUUCUAUUUUUAAGUCUUACAUGGUAUGUGUAACUCGGUGAGCAAAGGCCUUGAAACUCAUUUACUGAUCACAGCAGUGUUGUGUGCUGCCUGAGGAGCAUUGGACACAGUGGUGAUCCACACUCAGGAGAAUGGAGUCAUUUCCUGUCCCAGUGUUCUUCAGCCGCUGUAGUGGGUCAGAGGUGUUUGGGCAGUGCUGGCAUGCAAAGCCUAGAAACGGUGCUCUGAGAAGUGCUACUGUAAAUACAAGGAAUGGAAAAAUUCAGAAAUGCUUGUUCAGCUUCUUACUCCUGUGCUGAAGAAUGAUCUCUUUCCAGGGCUGCUGGAAUGCAGUGUCCUGUUAAUAAUAUAAAUGACUCAAAAUUAUGGUUUCCCCCAUGCUGUAUGGUGGCAACUUGCAAAGCUUGUUUGGAACAGGUAUUUUUCAGUAGGGUACUGGUGAACAGUAGAAGUCUUGAGUCAAGAGCCCCCCGCUUCCCAUAGAUGGAUGCCUUUUGCUGAGUCUCUUGGCUGGACAUUGAGAAACUCUACUUGGGGCAUAUGCUUAGUGCUGUGUACUAUUAGUGAGAGGGGAAAACAGUUCUCUGUGGAGAAUGUUAUCCCUCAGGAAAGAAUUGUAAGUGGCAAUAGGCAAGGAAUGCAGUUGUCGUGUUCCAAGUUUGUUGUCACAAUUUCCGUAAAUCAGUUAAGUAGUUGGCAUAUGACAGAGUGCCACCUGAACACUUGAGUUUUGCUGAGUGUUUUCACUGCUUCUUAUUUUGAGAAGGAAUUGCAUUUGGAUUUCAGAAGUAAGCAAGAAUCUCUGCUUCUUGUAAAACAAGAGAUAUUACAAGCCGUUGCUGCUUCCAGUGAAGUCUUACAGAAAACUGAGUCGUGGAGGGCCAGUACCUGUAGCUGAUUUACUGCUCCACGAGCAGCAGCAGCACUUCUUGACUCCCACUGAGUUCGUAACUCAACAGGAAAGGCAGGGGCAUCAAUGUGUUCAAGACAUAUAUUUGAAAGUUGGGGAACUAGUGAAAGAGUUGCAACUUUUUGAAGAUACAAACCUUACCACAUCUAGAAAGUAAUACAGGAAACUUCAUCCACACUUCAUCAAAAUGCAGCGGAGUCUCUUACAUUCUGCAUCUCAGCUGGCACAUGGGACGUGUUGGUUCUUCCCUCGCACCAGUGUCUUUCAGUGCUUAAAAGGACAGUCUGUGUUGUCUAAUGUGGGGUGCAAAGUGAUUCUGGCACUGGACCCUCCUAAACGAUGUCUUCAUGCGGGUGCAGCUCACUUUGCCUCAAAGAAAACUGCUUUUUCAUCACAGCCAGCAGACGCUUCUCACAAAGUAUCAGAAGAGAGAAAUCCUUUGCUUUCGGCCACUGAUGCACCCAAGCAGAGUCCUGCAGAGUCAGAUUCUUCAGAACCCGACCCAUUACAAGAUAAAUCAAUUAGUCUUGUUCAGAGAUUCAAGAAAACUUUUAAGCAGUAUGGGAAAGUCAUGAUUCCAGUGCACCUUCUGACUUCCACUGUGUGGUUUGGAUCCUUUUACUAUGCAGCCAUGAAUGGAGUGAAUGUUGUUCCAUUCCUAGAGUUGAUUGGCUUACCAGACAGCGUAGUAGACAUCCUGAAAAAUUCCCAGAGUGGAAAUGCACUAACUGCAUAUGCAUUGUAUAAAAUUGCAACUCCUGCCAGAUACACUGUGACUUUGGGAGGAACAUCCGUCACUGUUAAAUACCUACGUAAGCAGGGCUACAUGUCCACACCACCACCAGUAAAGGAAUAUCUACAAGACAGGAUGGAGGAAACAAAGGACAAAAUUACGGAGAAGAUGGGGGAAACAAAGGACAAAAUUACGGAGAAGAUGGGGGAAACAAAGGAUAAAAUUACAGAGAAGAUGGGAGAAACAAAGGAUAAAAUUACAGAGAAGAUACAAGAAACCAAAGAUAAAGUUUCAUUUAAAAAAAUAAAGGAGUAGGAGAGAUGCUUAAUUUUUGGAUAUAGCAAACUUAGCACUUUAACCGUUUGUGAGGCAGGAUAUGCAAAGUACACUUCUGAGCUUUUUUUUUUUUUUGCCUUUUUUUUUCUUUCCCCUUUCUCUAGAGACUACAAUUGCUGCAUGGAUUUAAAGGUUAAAGUUCCUUGGGGAAGAGGUUGUGACAAAGUUUCAAUUUACAGAAGGAAAAGUGAAUCUCAGAAGUUAACAUGUCCCUUGGUAAUGAUGUUAACAAUUACUCUUCCCUCUGUUUCUUUCCACAUGCCCUUCCUCAGAAUGAAGGCGAUUUCUGCCAAAAGCCACUACUCUGCUCUUCUCCCAUCACAGUGCACAGCCAUGGUUCCACUAGCUUCCAUUAAAUGAGAAUGAAGAUUUCUCUGGUGGGAAGAGCAGCAUGUUUAGGUUUUUAGAGUAUGUGGACCCAAGCCUCUUCAAUCGUGAUCAUCUCUCAGUGUGGAGGAGACCAUUGUCACUGAUACUGCACAUGAAGGAAGUGGUGGAUCAGCUACUCAGCAGGAAUUAAUUUACAAUGGCUUCCUUGGCUUCCACCAGGCUGCAGUGGUUUGCAAGUUGAGACUAUGAAUCUUUCUUGGACAGUGCAUCUCUUCAGAAAUCUCAACUGAAAGCUAUAGGAAGAGGAGUUAAUCACAGCCAUACUGUCAAGUAUACUUUGUUUCCUGAAGUUGAUAUACAGUACAAACUCAUUAAAUGAAAUUAAUCAAUAACUGUAUAUUAAACACUAGGAUUUGUUCAUUGUGUUAAAGUUUACAAACCUGCUCUGUUUCAUUUUUGAAACAAAAAAUUUUUGAAAGAGAAGUUUAUUUGAGAAAUUGCUAUAGUAAGGGGCUUUUUAAACACAUGGAAAGUUAGAGUUAAACCCCAAAGUAUUUCCUCCUCCCUCAGACCUCAGUAAAACAAUUUGACUAAAAUAAGCAUGAUUUCUGAGACAGUGAUCACAGUCUUUCAAACUUUUUUCCCCCUAGAUUAAGUCAAGCAAACACUUAUUCAUACCUGAAGGCUGAAAUGCUGUCUCAGAUGUCAUAAAGGACUAAAGUUGAAACUGUUCUAUUUGGCUGGGCAGGCAAACUUCUCUCAGUUUUAUUCAUAUGUAGGCUAAAUUGAAGUGUAUUUUUUCUACAGAUCUCACUUUGGAGCAACUCAGCAUGUGUAAGUUGUUUAACAAAGGUGCUUUUUGCAGGGGUAUAUGGGGAAGCAACAGAGUUGGACCCUGAGCAUUGCAAUUGAUUGGAGUGAAAAAAUAAAAAACUGAUGAAGUAUCAGCUCUGCCCCACUGUCCCGUUUUCAUUCAAGUCACUGAGGGCUUCUCCAUGUUUAAGUGAGUUGAACUUCAUUAACUUAAUUGUGCAGGAUUGAUUACAUACUUCUCUGCCUCCGCCCAUAUGUAAAAUAGUAACUGCAAUCUAAUGCCUACCUCACAGGGAUGUUGUGAGGAAUAAUCAUUGUCUAUUCAGUGACCUGAAGAUGUAAAAGUGCCAUGUUUCUGAUAAAUAUUAUUUUAAAAAGA